UGCGUGUUUUUUUUCCGCAGCUGUUUGUUAUUCAUGGAUUAAUACAAAUGCACAAAAACAUUGAGCAUCGUUAGUGUGUGCGAAAUGAUGUGUUCAGCAUACAAGCGAUUUUAUUUGUGAGAAGCGGCAAGAGUGACAGUUGUUGUCGUUCACACAAUUGAAACGUAAAUAAAAACGAAGUUUACGCAUCGUCGAAUUAUUAGUUGACUUGCGGCAAUUGACACGAUUAAGUAUCAGCUGAUUAAAGCAAUAGUUUCAAGUGCUAACAACAAGUGGAAUUUUGCAACGCACAAAAGAAAAAAAAACAACAAACAAAACUUCAAGUGGUUGAUUGAAGCAGCGUAAAGAUUUUUCAAAUAUAACAGAGUCAAUACGACAAGAGAAAGUGUAAGACGUUCAUAAAAAAUGGUGCAAAUUAUUGAAGAUGCAUUCGGUUCAGUGAAAGAUCCAAUAACUGGAUUUGACGAACGGGUGAGACGAUUUACAUUCAGCAAUGAUAAUGGCGUUUCGGUUCAAGUCAUCACGUAUGGCGCAACAGUGACAGCCAUUCGAAUGCCUGAUAAGUAUGGCAAUAUUGCAGAUAUUGUUCUGGGAUAUGACGAUUUGGAAGGCUAUCGUUCAAAGUCCAAUCCAUAUUUCGGUGCGACUGUUGGACGGGUUUGCAAUCGCAUUGGAUUUGGCCAGUUUAAUUUGAAUGGAAAACAUUUCGAAGUGGAUAAAAAUUUGAACGGAAUGCAUCAACUUCAUGGUGGAACUGUGGGAUUUGAUAAAUUCAAUUGGCAAGCAUAUCAAUCGAACUCGAAGGUAGUGAUGACACAUGUUAAUCCAGACGGCUAUCAAGGCUAUGAAGGAACGGUAAUGGCUCAAGUCACUUAUGAACUACAUCCGGACAAUACAUUUUCCGGCAAAUAUACAGCCACCGUUUCGAAACCAACACCCAUCAAUUUAACCAAUCAUUCGUAUUUCAAUCUAGCUGGCCAUGACAAAGGUCAUACGGAAAUCUAUAAUCAUGUAGUAACACUGAACGCAGAUCGUUACACCCUUACCGAUAAGGAUUCAAUUCCUACCGGACAAUUUCAAAAUGUAACUGGCACCAAUUAUGAUCUGCGUGUGGGCUGUAAUCUUGGCCAAUACAUUGCCAAACUUAAAAAUAACGGAUAUGAUGAUAAUUUCUGUGUAACUCGUGGCACCGAUCAAUCGCUGACAUUUGCUGCUCGUGUGGCCCAUCCCAAAUCUGGCCGAGUAUUGGAAGUAUACAGUGAUCAACCGGGUGUUCAAUUUUAUACCAGCAAUGGUAUGCCCGAUCCAAAUAACCAGAUUUAUCCGGAAGGCAAACCACAUGAUGACAAACCAAUGAGUGAUGCAAACGAACCAAUAUUUGGUAAAGAUGGUGCACUCUAUUUUAAACACGGUGCAUUCUGUUUGGAAACUCAAAAUUAUCCAGACGCUGUGAAUCAUCCAAACUUCCCGAACUCAAUUGUAUAUCCCGGUGAAGUAUACAAACAUGAAUUUACGUACAAGUUGUUCUGCUCCAGCUAAGCUGUACGCGCUCAAGAUUUCAUAUGGAAAAUACUUGCAACUCAUUUAUUAUAUGAUAUAAUCAGCAAUAUUUUAAAAAAUACAGUAAAUGCAACUAACGAAAAGAACAAGCAAAAAA